CAGAGAUCUUUCAGUACUGAUCCCCUCUGCCUUUUGUGAAACAGACUAACUUGGCACUCUCAACUUUUGCAGAGGGUCUUAUCUUUACAUUUUAUUUUGUUUGUCGUCUAGAAGUUGUGACGCCAGCAAUCAGUGCAGUGCAGCCCACUCUUCUUCUCCUUUUCUUUUUCAUACCUCUGGAUCUUUCUUCUCUUCUUUUUGGAUUCUAAACUUUCUCCGUCUGGUACUUUCUUGAUUCGGAGAGCUCACCUUCCCUACUCUCUCCCCCCAGUCUCCCAUCCCUUUUAGCGGUUCCUUUUUUUCUGUCCUUUUUUCUGGCUAUGCACCAUGCUGUCCUCCCCUACUGUAAUCCUUCAGCCCUACGGACUCCCUGUUUACCCCCAGACAGCCUCCUGCUACCCAAGCAUUGUACAGGGUGCCGCUGCCCAAGAGGCGGGGCCAGGCAAUGGUGACCCUUCACUUUCCCAGGUCUAUGCCCCGCCUCCACCCUAUCCUCCACCUGGACAAGGCCCACCCACACCAGCUGCCCGGCUGCCUACCCUCGAUUUCAGCGCUGCUCAUCCUAACCCUGAAUACUCAGAUCAUCAUCAGUUGAGAGUCUAUCAGGCCUCUCAGCAUGACGGGACAGAGUCUUUAACUGCCAAUAACACGGACGAUUCUUUAGUGCCUGUGACAUCUGACCCACAGUCUGUCAGUGUUUCCGGGGCUUCUGGAAGUGCAACAGGAAGUGGAACUGAGGAGGAAGGAGCUGGAAAGGCUCAACCUAAAAGACUCCAUGUUUCCAAUAUACCUUUUAGGUUUCGGGACCCAGACCUCAGGCAAAUGUUUGGGCAAUUUGGCAAGAUUCUAGACGUGGAGAUCAUCUUUAAUGAGAGAGGAUCAAAGGGGUUUGGAUUUGUGACAUUUGAAAGUGCCGUGGAAGCAGAUAGAGCGAGAGAGAAGCUCAACGGAACAAUCGUCGAAGGAAGGAAGAUUGAGGUGAACAACGCCACAGCGAGGGUGGUAACAAAAAAGCCUCAGACGCCAUUAGUGAAUGCUGCUGGGUGGAAAAUCAAUCCAGUAAUGGGAGCUAUGUACGCCCCUGAACUUUACACAGUUGCCAGCUUUCCUUACCCUGUUCCCACUCCGACCUUGGCCUACAGAGGCUCUGCCCUCCGUGGACGUGGACGGGCAGUUUACAAUACAAUCCGCUCCGCAGCAGCCGCAGCCACACCAGCCGCAGUACCAGCCUAUCCAGGAGUGGUGUAUCAAGAUGGAUUGUAUGGUGCUGAGGUCUAUGGAGGAUAUCCAGCCACAUAUCGAGUGGCCCAGUCUGCCUCAGCAGCUGCAGCAGCCACAUACAGUGAUGGAUACGGAAGAGUGUAUACCACAGCAACAGACCCUUACCAUCACUCAGUGGGACCCACCACCACUUAUGGAGUUGGAACAAUGGCAAGUUUGUACCGUGGAGGCUACAACCGCUUUACUCCGUACUGAAUAAAAUCAGCUCUGUGACUCAUGUCUGACAACCAAAGAGACUUUCGCUUGCUGUGUGAACUGCUGUCUGCUGAGGAACCGUUUGGCCUUGAGAUUGUAAAUACUGCUAAUAUUUAUUAGGGAAAAGAGGUGAAUCCAAGCUGAAGAUAUAAUUAAUCAUAUUUAAGGACUUUUAUUUAAUUCUUAAUUUAAGAGAAUACCCCAUCCGAAAAAAGAAUAGUACUUACUUAUCAGACAGUGUCUAGCUGAUCAAGUUAUGUAAAGUACAUACAGAUACUUUCAUAAUAGUGGUGUGAUAUGGAAGUUAUCAUAUAGAAGUUAUCGAGCCUCACAGGGAAAAGAGUCCCAAAAGACUAAUUGUAUUACAACCUCUGGAGAUGUUGCACUGCCGACGGCUGAUAUACAAUAGAUAAAGACAGAUAGCUCUAGUGGAACUUUUCCUCAGACCGAGAAAUGCAAAACUCUGAAGCUGUCUAGGAUGUAUAAGACUGUGUGCGUGUUGGAGUGUCUUUGGAGUGUUCGAGUGUGUGUAAUGUUUCUGCUGUCACAUGCAAUACUGUGAGAUACAGCAAUGGCACUGGGGUUGGUGAUAAUACAGUAUGUUCUCUCUCAAUGUCAUCUACCUCUGAGCUAAACACCUCUUUAUUCUGAACUAAUGCAAACUAUUCACCUGCUUUCUUAUGGCACUACUUCAAAAUCUUUGAUUUUUUUUAUUUUCGUUUGUUUUUACAAAACAUUCUGGUGCUUUCAUCUUUGAUCUUCUCCAGUCAAUUCUUGUUAAGUCAUGCUGUUCAGUCAUUUGUGGUCCACUCGUCAUUCAAAUGCAAUUUUUGCUUCAGUAGCUAUACUUCUGUAUUCUUUUUCUGUCUUUAUUCUUCUACCACUUUAACUCCUUUCAUGCUUAUUUUAACCCGUUGUGUGCUUUACUUCCCUUUACUGUUUGAUUUCAAAUACUUUCUUAACUAUAUCAUAUCUGCUUAAGAUCUUUUUAAAUGCCAAAUUACUGACUAAAAAAUGAAUCAACAUUUAUUUUGAAGACUAUUUAGAUGUUUUCUAUCAUCUCUUAAGAAAUUGUAUUUUCUUUUCUUUUUCUUUCUUUCCUUACUUCCUUUUGUCUUUCUUUCUUCCUUUUAUUUUUCUUUCUUUCUUUCCUAUUAUUUGCCUUUCUUUCUUUUUCUUUUUUCUUUCAUUCUUCCUUUAAUUUCUUUUUCUUUCUUUUUCUGUAUGUCUUUCUUUCUUUCUUUCUUUCUUUCUGUCUUUACUUGAUUGUUUUCUUCUACUACUAAACUUCCUCCUUCUACUACUAAACUUACUCCUUUAGUGUCUCUAGAACCUCCUUUACACUUUGAUAAUAAUUUCUACCCCAAAGCAUACCUGUCAACAUUUUUGUCCCAAAAAAAAGCAGAAAAAAGCAAAAGCUUUGGAAAAAAGCAGAAGGGCUUGAUACAAAUCUUCAUUCUUCCUCUUUUCACCAGGAAUAACAAUUUCCCCAGUAACAGUGGUAAGAAAAAGCAGCGCCGCACCUGAUUUUGCAACUUGCGGUACUCACAUUUAAUCAUUUAAACCAUAGCCUUUGGAAGUGUAAGCUAUUUCUCAGUUUGCAUUUGCUUUUCUUUUUUUCUCAAUGGAGCAACACAAAUAUGUGGCCUAUUGUCCCUUUAAGACCUGCAGCACGCAUCCGUUUAUCUCUGUUGUUUACUUAAAUUUUAGACAUAAUCAACUGAGUCUAUACAUAAACAUUGUGUGUUUUGACAGUAUUAACACAAAAAAUGACUUAGUUUUAUAAUUAGGCACUGUUUGACGGGCUUUUUCGUUGUAGUGCGCUCACUUGGGUGUGCUCAGAAAAAGCGCCAGUCAGAACAGCACACAAAUGAAACGUUUAACCUGUUAGGCUUACGUGCCGGACGGGGGGCACGUAAACUGGACCGCAAGGGGCACUUUACCGUCGGGCCUCAAAGGGGCAGGGGCAACUGGGCAACCUUGGAAUUUGUUGACGUGAUGAUUCAUGUAAUGAGGUUGGGGACAUACAAAUUACGUGAGUUUUACCGGAGGCGAACGAAGCAAACAUAUAAAAUACGGCAGAAAUACGGGAAAAAAUUUAAACGGGAUGAUAGCAGGAUGGUAAAAUACAGGAGAAUCCCGGGAGAAAUGGGAGGGUUGACAGGUAUGCCCCAUGUCUUUUAAUAUUUCCUGCUUUAUUUGUUUUUAUCUUUUCUUUUUUUUUUUAUUCUCUGGCUGUCUAGUUUAUUCUUGUUUCAAUUUCUCAGUUUCUCUUCCUGUUUCAUCUGUAUUGACUUCCUCCUGCGAGCUGAUUUUGUUGGGCUUUUACUCAUGCAAAUCUUUUUGCUAUUGUAAUCUGAUACUUUGAAUCUUCUUUCACUUUGACUAUCACUGUGCAGACAGCUCAUAUUUUUCACCUUGUGUGCUUUUCAUUUUCUGUAUGCUUUCUUUUCACCUCUACUCUUCAUUUUUCUUACACUUCCUUUCUGUCUUAUUUUCUCUUUCUUAAUUUCUUCUGCAUUUAACCUGUUAUGCUUUCUUCCUGCAUUUCUUGUAGUGUUCUAUUUAGAGUUUAUACAUUUUCUUUAGUUUAGUUCAUUUAAUAAAUUCCUUCUCUUUUUCUCUCUCUUUCUACAAGACAGCUUGAUUGUUUUAUCUCACAGCUAUUACAGGACCCUAUGAUGUCAUUGCUGUAUCCUGUUUUUGUUUUUGUUUUGUUUUUCAACUCACUUAAGUGUAAGCUAUUCUGUGGCUGUAUUGUACAUUAAAGCAGUUUAUGUAA